GUUCACACACUCCCGAGGAUACUGUCUCACGUUUUACUGAAAAUUUAUGUCUUCCUCCGUGGUAAAUCGACUUUCACUGUUACGGAAUUUCCAAUCUCGGUCACUCCAGUUUCCUGAACUCAAAGAAGAUAGUGUCGAUCCCAGCCUAACUUUUCAGCACAUAGUAGAAAAGGAACAGUUUAUGUCAUGCACCCCGGUCAUCACUACACGUGUGACAUCUCUAUCAUCUGCCCUAACAUGUGGUUACCAUAACUUUCACGUGUGGAUUCCACCAGCACCCACUUCUGGCUCUCGCAGUCGCGGUUGUUCCUACCGAGUUACUAACCUUGACAAAUUUCCAAAGUUGUUUGUUCAAAGGGGACGCCGCUGGCCUUUGUCACUUUCACUCCAUCCCAGUUUAACACCCUAUGAAUUUCGUGUUCGCGUGACUCCGCGAUUUGUCGAUGAUGAACGAUCUAUUCAUCCGGUCGAGAGUUGCAACAAGCACUCAACACAAUCCGAUGGUUUGAAAGGCAGAUCUUUGAUUGCGGUACUUAGCCCCCGUGCUGAAUACGUGAUGGGGUCUACCCUCUCCGAUGUCCCUGCUGAACAAAUCAGCGUAGUAUUCCCCCUCAACGUGCUCGAGCUUGUGCACCGCUCCGAACGAAAGCCGCUGCAAGACUCGAGCCAAUCCACUUUACUUCCUCAAGUCGAAUAUACUGUACAAUGUCGGAUCAAUUGUUUCAACAGUUGUUUCGGGUUGAAUCAAUUCGGCGAAGUGGAUUUGGUGUUAACACUGGAAAGGCGAGAGAGCACAGACUCUCAAUCUCCGUACAUCAUACUUGGCCUGCAGAAGGUCCGCAUCCGUUGUUGCUCCUGCCCCUCUCGUGAUUCCCGAGUAUCACUUCCGUCGGUAUUGACAGAACAUGCUUCCCACAAAUCGUCACCUGCCGACGAUGCUCGCAGUUCCCUGGCUCGUCGCAGCUCGCGACGGCUUUCACUUAAUGUUCCCCCACGAUUGGAGAACCAUAAAAGCCCCACUAACACCGGCAGCUGUCAAGAAGUCACGAUCGAUGGGGAGAACUACAAGCUUCUACUGUUGACAGACCAAGAGCAAUGGGAACAUUUCCGAUUCGCUCGCAAUAUUUUCGUGAGUACCAGCAGCUCCGUCAAACCGUACCUUGCGAGACGCCCGAAACGAGUGGCCAGGAUGUUCGAUCGUCUGGAACGUUGCGUCAGUAAAAGGCUUCGAUCCGAGGUGUUGACGUGCUCCCAAGAUAGCAGUUGUUCUUCCAACUCUUCCAGCCAGUCUUCACAAGCGGACAAGGCCAUUCAAACAGAUCCGUUGGAUCUUCCGGUCGGCUUCCUUCCCGGUGGUCGUGAAAACCGAUUUCCUUGCUGAAGCACCGCAUUUUACGACGUUUCCUCUCCGUCCUUUCCACUCCUAGUCAAGCCCGGUGGCUGUAAUCUUUCUUUUAUUGCGCCUUUCCCAUAUUUUAUAUACUUUUUAACUUUUAUACAUAGUAUUGCCUGAGACACUGUCUGUUUUCCCACUAUAGUUGGCUGGUGGUUUGAUCGAGCCUGUCUGUUAAUUCACCUGAUGGGAACUCCCGUCUGCUGGACCGCUACUGUUCGUCACUUAUCGGGUGGACAUUGUGAAUGGCAACUGUACUCCUUGUGCACGAA